UUAGUCGUCAUUCUCCACAUUUCCACUUAAUCUGCUCAUCCAAAAUUGUGUUCUUCUCUCUUUACCAAGAAGAGCUCCAAGAAUCAGAGAGAGAGAGAGAGGCACAUAAGAUAUUGGGGAAUAACUAAACAAAAUGGCGAGUGAAGCACCGAGUUGGGCUGAUCAAUGGGGCACCGGAGGAAUUGGGGUGAUGGCGCCGGAAGAGACAGCUAACAGCAAAAAAGAAGUCGCCGGGAAGAAGUCCGGUAAGACCAAAGCAGGGAUUAACAAAGCUAAGAUUGUUGUAUUUAUUGGUGUUAACUGGAUGAAGAAUCUUGUGCAGAGGAAGAAGAAAGACUCUGAUUCUUCUCAAUAAAAAUAUAAAAACGUGAUUCUGAUUCUUCUUCUUUUCUUUUUCUUGUUUUUUUUUUUCCUUCGCAAUAUCUCAAUCUUUCUAUAGUACUAUUUUUUCAAUUC